GGAAGCCGCUGGCUGCGUUAACCUGUGGCGCGCUUGGCAGUUCUGGAGCCUGAAGUUUUGACCGCGGUGGAAGCAGCAGUCGGGAAACAGCAGGUUGAGAUGACGGAGCGGAGGCCUGCAGCCCGCAGUCCCACCGAGCCUUAGGGACCGGGGCUCCAUAUAGGAUGUCAUUUGUCAGAGUGAACCGUUGCGGUCCCUGGGGAGGUGGAAGAAAAGCACUAAAAGUAAAGAAGAAGAAAACUUCAGUGAAGCAAGAAUGGGAUAGUACUGUGAAUGAUCUAACAGUUCAUCGGGCAACUCCUGAAGACCUGGUACGUCGUCAUGAAAUACACAAAUCGAAGAAUAGAGCAUUAGUACACUGGGAACUCCAAGAAAAAGCUUUGAAGAGAAAAUGGAGGAAGCAGAAAUCAGAAGCUUUGAAUCUUGAGAAAAGAAGAUUGUCUAUCAUGAAGGAGAUUCUUUCUGAUCAAUACCAGAUGCAGGAUGUAUUGCAGAAAUCUGAUCAUUUGAUGGCUUCAGCAAAAAAUCUGUUUGUUGAUAUUCCUCGAAGGCGCACAGGGUUUCCAAAUGUAACAAUGGCUCCUGAUUCCUCUCAGGGUUCCAUCGUGGUAAAUCAAGACCCUAUCACCCAGUCCAUCCAUAACGAAUGUGUCAUUGAGCCUCAGGCUCUUAAUGAAGUAGAUGAUGGAGGAGAAGAAGGAACUGUUAAUAGCCAGUCAGAAGGAAGUGACAAUGAGUUGGAUAACUCUUUAAACUCUCAGUCUAACAUGAAUACAGACAGAUUUCUCCAACAACUAAAGGAAGAGAAUUCUGAGUUAAUUAGUAAAUUGUGGACUGAUAUGCAGCAGAAAAUAGCGACACAGUCACAAAUAACCCCUCCAGAAACUCCAUCAUCUGCCCUUUCAUCAGGGGAACAAAGAGCUGCUCUGAAUGCUACCAACGUUGUCAAGAGAAUUCAAACCAGACUUCAGCCUGAAGAAUCUGCUGAGACUCUAGAUUCAAGCUGUGUUGUGGGACAAGUGCUGAACUCAAGGAAGCAAAAACAGCUGUUUAAUAAAGUGAAAAGAAAACCGGAUUUGUGUGUACCUUCCAAGCAGAAGAAAAACAUAUUAUCAAGUAGUACAACCUCUGCAGACUUACCAAGUAGCAAUAAUUCCAGCCUGGAUGUCCUCAAACACAUGAUACAUGAAGUAGAACAUGAAAUGGAAGAAUAUGAGCAGUGGACAGGACGUGAGGUCAAGAGACUGCAGAGCAGCCAGGGUCUUACCGGCUUCACUUUGUCACUGGUGAGCUCUCUCUGUCGCCUGGUUCGGUACCUGAAAGAGAGUGAGCUCCAACUACGUAAAGAAGUAGAGACAAGGGAGCAACUGCAACAACUAUUAGGUGAUCAUCGAGAGCUCAUUGAUGCUCUGACAGCUGAAAUUCUUCUUCUUAGAGAAGAAAAUACUACUACACAGGCAAGACUUCAGCAGUACAUGGUCACAACAGAUGAACAACUUAUAUCACUCACACAUGCCAUUAAGAACUGUCCUGUGAUAAAUAACAGACAAGAAAGUCAGGCACCAGAAAGGGGACUCACAAGUAGAAGAAUUAUGGACAAUCCAGAGGGUCCAACUGUUAAUGCUAAUGUCUCCAUGCCAUCGGUGUUCAGAGGGGAAGAAGUGGUUGAAUUUCCACAGGAUGAGUUACCUGUUAAACUGUCUCAAGUGCCAACCCCCCCAGAUAGUGUGAAUCUGGCCAACGAUUUUCCAGCACAUACUUUUGAGCCAGCUGUGUUGUUAACACCACCGAGGCAGAAGAGCAAUUCAGAAUUCUCUCCUCUGCAGGAUGUAUUGAGGAGGACUGUUCAAACUCGUCCUGCUCCACAAAUUCCUCCAACUGUGGAAUUAGUUGAGAAGGAACAAAAUUGGGAAAAGAAGACCUUACCUAUUGAUACAGACAUUCAGAAUUCAAGUGAGGAGAGCCGUCUCUUCACUGAGAGGUGGAGAGUCUCUCACAUGGGAGAAGAUUUGGAGAACAAAACUCAGGCUCCUUUUGUGAACCUCUCACAGCCACUCUGCAAUUCCCAUUCCAGUAUACAGCAAUCAAGAAAUCCUGUGUUCUCAGAAGAGCCCCUGGUAUUAGGAGAUGGGCAACAGCUUAGAACAAGUGAGCUGUUAACACAAAGAAAGGACAUAAUGGCGCGAAUUGCUGAGUUAACACUGCGAAAUUCGGCUGUCAAGGCACAUCUGAAUAUUAUUGGGCCAGGGGGAGAGCAAGGGGAUGGACUCCAGGAGUUGAACAAGCAGGAAAGUGCAAGCAACAUGACUGCUAAUUUUCCAGUAGCACAGUCUCUAUCACCAAGUAGCAUGGAGGAACGGAUUGCAGAAUUGAAUCGACAGAGUAUGGAGGCCCGUGGAAAACUCCUGCAGUUGAUAGAGCAGCAGAAACUUGUUGGUUUGAAUCCUUGCUCUCCACCAGUGUCACCUGUUCAGUCACCUCUCAGAGCAUGGACUGAAGGAGGAAAGAGAACAAUUGAAGUAUCUAUUCCAGGAGCAGAAGCCCCAGAAAGCUCAAAAUGCAGUACUGUCUCUCCUGUCAGUGGGAUACAUACAAGAAGAUCCUCAGGGGCUACUUGUAAUUCUUGUUCUCCAUUAAAUGCCACCUCAGGAAGUGGACAACUCACACCUGUUAAUCCAAGAGCAAAGAUUGAGAAACAAAAUGAAGAAGGCUGGUUUGCUCUUUCUACCCAUGUGUCAUAAGUGAAGUCAAGUUUUAUGAAAUUUGUUCUCAACAAUUUAUUCUCGAUCUUUCACUCCCCUUUCCCUGCUCUUGCUUUCAAGUUUUUACAUCCUUCUUUCAGAUAAAACCUACAACAAUCCCGUGAAAUAGUACUAAUGGAACAGAGAAGAAAAGCAAUUAUUUUAAUUUUUGACCUUUUCAAAUAGGGUUUUAACAACCAACCAACCUACAACUUUCUGUGAAUAAAAUUUUGACUGUAGGGAAGCUAAAGUUUUAUAUCCUAAUAAUUUCUUAAGUUUCUUAAGGGUUUUUUUUUUGAGCAACAUGUUUUUACCUUUAUCAUUUUUAUUCAGCUUUUUUUGUUGUUUUGUUCUUUAUUUUAAAUAAAAAUUUAAAUGUAUUUUAAAUUUUGAUGUAUUUCAUUCUUUUAAAUGUUGAUCUAUUUCAUUCUUUUCCCCUGAAGUUGCUUUGCCUAUACCUUACAAUAAAAUGCCUCUGUGUGACUAGACUCUGGCUUUCAGAAAAAUUAACACUGUCUUUUGGUUUUUUUUUUUUGAUGGGAAAUCACUGCUGUCCAUCACUUUUUUUAUCAAGUGGAAUGUAUAGCCUUAAUAAAUAUGCGUGAGAGUGUUUGUUUAUAUUUGCUGAAGCAGGUUAGAGUAGUUGUAUGUAUUGUGAAAUUCUUAUGUAGUUUUUAAAUGUGAAAAUAUCAUUAAUAAUGGUAAUGUACAUCAAAUAAUGAUCAUAGAGCUUAAAUGUCUACAUGCAGUAAUGUUGAUUUAAUGGUGUAUUUAAUGCUUGAAACAAUUAAACACAAAAAGUUGCUGUCAAUUUUCCCAGUCCUGAAUUAAAGCAGAUUCUUUCAGGGUAGAUUUUUUUUUUUCAAGGCAUCUGUUUGGUUCUCAGACAUUGGUUUCUAUUUUAAACUUGCUUUUUGAAUGGUUUCUGGCCCUUGGCUCUAUGAUAGGAAUUCUUAGCCUGAGUAAGGUGGGAGUCAGGUGGGGCAGUGCACUACCUGGGGAACUUUCCCCCUGCAGUUGUAAAUCACUGUUGUAGGAAGUGUCCUAUACAACUUUCACUUGGGCCUCUUCAUUGUUGUGGUAGCAAAAUUAAAAUUUUCUUCUAGUAUUGCUGAUUUUAUUUAUGUGAAGUCAUCUGUAUUCAUUUGCAUUAUUGC